CGCGUUGGCAAUUUCCUAAACACAGCUCAGUCACUCCAGCAUCAUCCGAGGCCAGGGACAGGGGGAAGGUGUGUGUGUGUAUUCGUGAGUGUGUUGGAUGUAACACCGGCUGAAAGGCGACCCGCUGAAACAGAAGACAGUUGAACACCGAUUUGACAUGAGCAGGGUGCCCUGACAUGGACACAGAGAUGAUUCCCAAAUUUACAACAAAGGAUGAAGAAGUGGAUUACUGGAAGUCACAAGCCCUCAAAUAUAAGAAAAGUUGCCAUGAUGCACAGGAAGAGCUGCAAGAGUUCCAGGAGGGGAGCCGUGAACUGGAGGCCGAGCUGGAGGCACAGCUCGGACAGGCCGAACACCGCCUCAGAGACCUCCAGGCUGAAAAUGAGAGACUGAAGAAUGAGGUGGCCAACCUCAAGGAGAAGCUGGAGCAGCAGUACUCCCAGAGUUAUAAACAGAUUUCUAUGCUGGAGGAUGAUCUGGGCCAGACACGCAGCAUCAAGGAGCAGCUCCACAAAUACGUGCGUGAGCUUGAGCAGGCUAAUGAUGACCUGGAAAGAGCCAAAAGAGCUACAAUAGUGUCUCUCGAGGACUUUGAGGGUCGUUUAAACCAGGCCAUUGAGAGAAACGCCUUCCUGGAGAGUGAGCUGGAUGAGAAGGAGUCUCUUCUAGUUUCCGUGCAGCGGCUGAAAGACGAAGCACGAGACCUUAGACAGGAGCUGGCAGUACGGGAGCGGACUACAGAUAGGAUGUCAGCGCCCAGCUCACCCACCUUAGACAUCGACAAAAUAGAUUCUGCAGUGCAGGCCUCUUUAUCCCUCCCAGCCACGCCUGUAGGAAAGGGCAUAGAGCACUCGUUCAUCAGCCCGAAAGCUUUGACCAACGGAUGCGGCAACUCAUCCCUCACUCCUUCUGCCAGAAUCUCAGCUCUCAACAUUGUUGGUGAUCUCCUGAGGAAAGUCGGGGCUUUGGAGUCCAAACUCGCUGCCUGUAGGAACUUUGCCAAAGACCAAGCUGCAAGAAAAAAUUACUCCACUGACAACGGCACACUCAUCAACAGCAACGCCACCAAAUUCUCUCACGCUCUACAUACCUCUUACUUCGACAAAACGACUGUUAAUGGAUUGGACCCUAGCUCCUUGACCUCCAUGGCAACAGCCAGAGCUGUGUCCCCACCGGGCAUGCUGCCUCUGAGUGUGUGAGGCGUCCCUAAUGCCACACAGACCUCUGCCCCUAUCCACCCAACACAAUGUGGGAACAGAGAGGACACUUGAAAGACCAUUACAUUGUGUGCUACGUGUGUGUGUGUUUGCGUGUGUGCGUGUGCGUGUGCGUGUGCGUGUGUGUGUGUGUGUGUGUGUGUGUAUAUGUGAGACAGAGCGAGAGAGAGAUGGUUUGAAAGGAAGACUGAUGUGUGUGUUUGCCUGUUUGGGGCUGUGCAUUUUUGAACUUGAGGCGUGGAAGAGAGGCUUGACUACAUGAUUAACCUGCCUCCAGUUUGCAGCUCUAAAUGCAUCUGUGAGUAGGUGCACAGUUACUUGUGCUUAUGUUCCUACCACAUACUUGCAUGUGCCUAAAGCUGUACUGUACUGUGCUUGUAUGAAUGUCACUGCAAUGUGUUGCUCUCUAGAUGUCAACUCUGAAGUGGUUAUAUUCUCAGUUCCACUGUUCAUUUGAGAACUACUAUCCCUGACAAAAGGUUCUGAAGAGACUACAGCUUCAUCUUCUUUUUUGUCCCUGUAUUUUCACUUAAAUUGCACAGUUAAACUAAUUUAGAAUGUAUUAUAUUUAAAAGGGAUAUAUUCAUAUUAAUUAAUUUAUCUCACAGUAUGCUUUAAAAUGCAAUAUUUCCUAUUUGCAAUUUUCUUGCAUGUGUGCGUAUGUGAUGUGGGGUUGGGGAGGUGUAUUCAGACCUCAUAUUCAUGACUGAAGUGAAUGUUGAUCGUUCAAAGCCAUGUAGCCAUAGUGCAGUCUUCUUCUUCUUCUUGUUAUUGUCCACUUGCUGUAAUUAAGUUGGAAGUAGCCUCUGUGUUUAAAGGUUGGAAAUAUCAGCUGGUUCUGUCCUUUGGGUUAAACCUGCACUUAAACAAACUGCUCCUCACAGGUUUCGCUGCAGUCAAGUGUUUUCUCCUGUGGACAUCCAUUGACAUUUUGAGGGAAUGUUUUGCCUUUUUAAAAAAUGUUUAAUGCAUAGAUUAUUUUCGAGUAUUGUGACAGGCUCGUUUACCUCAUUUGGAUGUAAUGGCAGUUACCAACAGUGGAUUUGUAAUAUGUGUAGGUGAAUUUAGGUUUAUAAAAGUCCGAGCUCAAAAGUGUACUCAAAGCAAAACAGAGCUGACUCAAGGAUCAUUUUUUAGACGGUCUGUUAACUUUGCCUGGUGUAUGUGAAUUCAUGGUAAAGUGUGGUCUUUGCAUCACGCAGCACAUUUGCUGACUAUCUGGUAAUUUGAUUUGACUCUUUGAUUUUUAGCAGGUUGGAUAUUGGCGAUGCAUUCAUUUUACAUCCCAGAUCUUUGUCUAAAUCCAUUUUGCCCACAUAUUUCUCCCUGUCGUGUCACCAUCUUGACAGCUUGGAGCGUAUUUGACGCCUUUAGUAUUCAUGAUUAUUUAAUAAUAUGAGAUGUCACUUUGGGCACUCUAUGAGCCUGUUACUAAAGUGUGUUCUACCCUCAGUGUAUAUAGCUUGUAAGGAUGGUAAUUUUGCUUACCACAUUUGUACAUACUGACAUUUGGCAUUAAGGUCCUAUUUAUUUCAGAUUCUGUAUGGCAUGUGUUCAGAUUAUGAGUUUUAAUAUACAGUGGUUAAAGCCAUUGUAUUACAAUAUUAAAUUGUUUUGUCAAAAUUGUUUAACUAAAUAAAGAUUGAGACGAUAAA